UGGGUAGAAUUUUGUCCUGUGAAGAAAAGCUUCCAUUAAGUGUUAUAUGUUGAUAAUCAUACAAGAAAAAUGUCUUUUUACAUCAUUAACAAUGAGUUAUUGUUAGCAAAAGAGAAAUAAGAUAGUUGAAAUCAUUACAUAAUUGAAAACUUCUGUACGUGUCGAAAUGUUUGUUCAUAGAAAUGCUGUAGUCCUGACUAACUUCAGAGGCGUGUCAUGUUUGCAAUAAACGCGGCGUUCUUUCUUACAACGCAUCUGACAAUUUUUCAAGUGAAUAUUUCGUAAAAGAUGCUCGCAUUAGGACCAAAAAAGGACGGAGGUCCCAACGCAAAAUUUUUCGAAUCCCAAGAAAUUCUCACACAACUCGAUGGAGUGAAACAAUGGCUGUUAAAAAACUGCAAAAAGUAUGUACAAACGGACCCUCCUACUAAUAAAAGUUUAGCUACAUUGAUAGUACAAUUGUUGCAAUUCCAAGAAGAUAAUUUAGGAAAAAAUGUUUCGAAACCACCAAUGACCAGACUUCCUAUGAAAUGUUUCUUAGAUUUCAAACCAGGUGGUGGUUUGUGUCAUAUUCUUGCUACAACGUAUCGUUUUAAACAAGAGCAAGGAUGGCGUAGAUUUGAUUUUCCUGCUGGAAAGUCAGGAUCACGUACAGAUAGAACAGUGGACAUGUUGAUGGCAGCGGAACGAGCUUUAGUUCAGAACAGAUGUUUCACAAUACCGAGUAUAUACGUGCGAGCAGACGUAGACAAAUCAACAGCAGCAAAAGUGAAAGAAGCAGUUCGACGACAUCAGGGUACCAUCACAGAAAAUGAAGCUGAUGCUACUCACAUUAUUUAUCCUUCCGUGGAUCCUAUGGAGGAAGAAUAUGCGCGGCCUUGCAUGAGGCGCGAUAGAUCCGUUCUUCUUCAUUGGUAUUACUUUCCAGAUAGUUACGAUUCUUGGACUAGCUUAGACCUUCCCUGGGAUUUUCCAGAAGGAACACUUACAAAUGCCAACGUGAAAUCAGUGUACAAAGUAUCAGCAACGUGGGCGCUAGACUUGGAUCAAUAUAACGAAUGGAUGAACGAGGAAGAUUAUGAAAUAGACGAGAAUGGUCAGAAGAAAAUACACAAGUAUAGGCUCUCGGUAGAAGACUUAAUGGCCCAGCCAUCGCAUCCACCACCUUCUGCCAAAAAACCAAAACGAAAACGAUCUCCUAGUCCACCUCCGAAACCAGGUAAACGUAAAAGCGCGAGAGCGCCAUCGGGUGUCCAGAGUGCUUCGUCAACGUCAUCGCUGGCGACUCCAAAAAAGUCUCGUGGUGCGGGAGAGGAGGAAGACGAUCUCACGCAAGGAAUGGAAGAUCCUCCGGCAGAACCUCGGAUCGUAGAAGUAGUUGCUACGCCUACAAAUCCGCCGAUUACAGGUCAGGGGAACGCUCCGACAAGCGGAGCCACUUUAACAAGUACCGGAAGUAAAAAACAGGAUAAUGAACUCCAACCGUUAAAAUCUGGUAACAUGGCAGAUUUAGAUGAGCCGAUGGAAGGUGACAAAGGAAGUUCUCAAAGCACUCAAGACAGGGAAGAACGUGAUACCAGCAAAGAAAGGGGCGAUGGUAGCAAAGGUGACGAACCAGAAGACAAUGUAACAGAGCAGACUCAUCACAUCGUUGUUCCCAGCUACUCUGCUUGGUUCGACUAUAAUUCGAUUCACACUAUUGAGAAAAGAGCUCUGUCAGAGUUUUUCAAUGGUAAAAAUAAAUCUAAAACGCCAGAAAUAUAUUUGGCGUACAGGAAUUUUAUGAUCGAUACCUAUAGAUUAAAUCCUACGGAGUACAUCACGUCGACGGCUUGCAGACGUAACUUGGCUGGCGAUGUAUGCGCGAUUAUGCGUGUACACGCAUUUUUAGAACAAUGGGGACUUAUCAAUUAUCAAGUGGAUGCAGAGUCGAGACCAACGCCUAUGGGACCUCCGCCAACAUCGCAUUUCCAUGUACUGUCGGACACACCGUCAGGUUUGGCUCCAGUGAAUCCAAACCCACCGAAAACACCACAACCAUCGGCUGCGAAAACUUUGCUCGAUUUAGAGAAGAAGUCAAGCGUAUUGGGGUCGGAAGAAAAAGCCUCUGCUGGAGCGAUGGCAAACUUUGGAUUAAAGAUAGAUCAGUAUUCGAGGAAGCCAGCGGUUUUGAAAAACAAACAAGCUGCAGGUGCUACUCGUGACUGGACGGAACAGGAGACAUUGUUAUUGUUAGAGGGAUUAGAAUUGCAUAAAGAUGACUGGAAUAAAGUUUGCGAGCAUGUCGGCUCGAGAACCCAAGAUGAGUGCAUUUUACAUUUCUUACGGCUUCCAAUAGAAGAUCCGUACUUGGAAGAAGGGGGCCCGGAAGGAUUAGGUCCAUUGGCCUAUCAACCAGUACCUUUCUCGAAAGCUGGCAAUCCUGUUAUGAGUACAGUUGCGUUUUUGGCUUCCGUUGUUGAUCCUCGAGUGGCAGCAAGUGCCGCGAAAGCAGCCAUGGAAGAAUUUGCAGCUAUCAAGGAUCAAGUACCAGCCGCUUUGCUGGACCAACAUCUGAGGAACGUUCAAGCUAGUGCAAAUUCAGAUGGCAAGUUUGAUCCAGCUGCAGGCUUAGCGCAAUCGGGUAUAGCCGGUACAGGUCCGCCUGAACCACCAGAUGACACUGCAACACCGUCAACUACUGGAAGCGUACCAACGACAGCGGCAACCUCACCGCAUUCAGUCACAUCUGCGCCGAUAGAAACGAAGAAGGAAGAACAAGACAAGCCGAAGGAAUCCGAAGUUGAACAAACUCAAUUGGAGAUUGGAAAGAAAGAGGAUGAUAUGAAGGAAUCUGAGGAAGAUACGAAAACACCCGUGGACGUGGAAGCUAUGGAAGCGAAAGAAAAGAAAGAUAAGGUGGUACGAGAUGCUCAGUUGCAGUCCGCAGCUGCUGCCGCACUGGCGGCCGCAGCUGUCAAGGCGAAGCAUUUGGCGGCCGUGGAAGAACGAAAGAUCAAAUCGCUGGUAGCAUUGCUCGUUGAAACGCAAAUGAAAAAGCUGGAAAUUAAAUUACGACAUUUCGAGGAAUUGGAAACCACGAUGGAAAGAGAACGCGAAGGUCUCGAGUAUCAGAGGCAACAGUUGAUCACGGAGAGGCAACAGUUCCACUUGGAACAAUUAAAAGCUGCCGAAUUUCGAGCGAGACAACAAGCGCACCAACGUUUGGCUCAAGAACAGCAGCAACAACAACAACAGAAUCAGCAUCCACCCUGGCAACCUGCCGCCCAACAACAACAGCAACAACAACCACCGAGCCCUCAGGCAUCAGCCCAGCAACCAGCAGCUCAUACGCCUCCGCAACAGGCGUAACUGUUCUUAUAUUACUUACAGUUCCCACAUUAUCGAAGGAUCUUUUACUGGGUUAUCUGGAUUAAGGAUGUGCAACGAAGACAUCAGAUGGAAAUGAUAAUGCUGAAGAAGCUGUGUCAUGUGAGCCCGUCUAAUCUCUCCACUCGUACAACAGUACAGAAAACUGACGAGGUCAAGAGCGAGCGAACCGACUCGAGUUAGUUGAAAAUCGACCAAACAGACAUCCUGUAACGAUGUCCCGUUAUUCGAGCGUAAACGUAAUUGAAACUCUUGCUAAAUUUUUAGAUGACGUUCAAUAUUAUUUUACUUCAACUUUGUUUUACUUUACAAAUACCAACAAUUUCAGUUCAACAUUUUUUCGCCACAUUCAUUUCUAUUACGUUCUGUCUUAUUUACGCGUGUACAACGAUAUUCGCAGAAAAAUUCCUAUCAAAACAUAUUUCUAUUGCGAAGAAUAGAAUAUCAUUUAUUUACACGAUAAGGCAAACUUACUUUUAGUAAAACUACAAUACUACAGAACAAUUGCAGGAGAAUUUGUUUGCUUUACUAUCACCGAAGUAAUACUUUCCUCCUGAAAUUAGCGAUUAAAAAAAGAAAAAAAUAACGGAAGGAAACACAGGAGAGAAUCGUAAUAUAAGAAUCUUACAGAUUUAUAUAAUAAAAUUGUACUAAAAGAAACA